AUGGAUCUUACCACGAAAGUAGCAGAGCUCGAAGCAGAACUACAAGCUGCGCCAAGCGCGCGACGUGGUGCUUCUCUGCAAGACUGGUUUCCAAGGUUACCCGCGCGGCAUAUUUUGCUAGGACAUCGGCAACCGAUCACUAGCGUGGCAUUUCAUCCGCAGUUCUCUCUCGUCGCCACUGCCAGUGAGGAUACGACCAUAAAAAUCUGGGAUUGGGAGACGGGUGAACUUGAACAAACGCUAAAAGGUCACACAAAACCUGUUCAAGGUAUCACAUUUGAUCAUGCUGGUCAAUAUUUAGCAUCUUGCUCAUCAGAUCUUGCCAUUAAGCUCUGGGAUGGAAAUGAUGGAUGGAAAAAUGUUCGCACAAUUCAUGGUCACGAUCAUAGUGUUUCGAGCAUUGAGUUUAUGCCAGGCGACCAGCAUAUCCUAACAGCAAGUCGCGACAAGAGUCUCAAAUUAUGGGAGGUUGCUACUGGAUUUUGCUCACGUACCUAUGUUGGGCACGAUGAUUGGGUUCGCUCUGUCGACGUUUCAUCCGAUGGGCGGUGGUUUGCCAGCGGUUCAAAUGACCAAACAAUCCGUAUAUGGGAUGCAUCGUCUAGUGAGGCGCGGCAUACCUUGCGUGGUCAUGAGCAUGUCGUCGAAUGCGUUGCAUUCGCUCCUGUAUCAGCAUAUAAUGCCAUCCAGACGCUCAUGGCUGUACGUCUAUCAAAGAGCGACACAGACCAGGUUCAACCUGGUCAGUAUCUCGCGUCGGGAUCACGCGACAAAACUGUUCGUAUUUGGAGUCAGCAAGGGCAGUGUCUCCGAGUACUCGCUGGCCAUGAUAACUGGGUCCGUUCACUCGCAUUUUCCCCAAAUGGCAAGUUCCUGCUCUCUGUUUCAGACGAUAAAUCAAUGCGCGUUUGGGACCUGGCCACAGCUCGCUGCCUCAAGGUAUUCGAGUGUCAUGCGCAUUUCGCCACGUCAAUGGCUUGGGGUCGUACGCAUGUCGAUACGUCAUCAUCGUCUCAAAACUCGGAGAAGCAGCCAGUAAAUGUCGUUGCUACCGGUUCCGUUGACCUGAGUGUCAAAAUCUGGGCUCCUUAA